ACUAGAGUUAAUGUUGACUUCAGUGACUUAAGUUAUUUUUUUAAUAAUGGCAUGAGUUUUAAUAUCGGAAGUAAAUAUAGCGCAAUUUAAACGAAAGAUUGGAUAUGGGGAAAACGACAAAAGUAGUUGUUUGUGGAAUGAAAGGAGUAGGAAAGACUGCAUUAUUGGAACAACUCAUAUAUGGAAAUGUCAAUGCCAAAACAGAAAUUCACCCUACGAUCGAAGAUAUUUAUGUCGCAAAUAUAGAAACUGAUCGCGGUACGAAAGAAAAAGUGCGAUUUUAUGACACUGCGGGACUGGAAUCUCCUCAGAAUAAUGCAAAUAAUCAGCAACUACCUCGACAUUACCUUGGUUUCGCUGAUGGAUACGUUUUAGUUUACGAUACCGCAAAACCUGAAUCUUUGGAUGUGUUGUUCCCAUUGAAAAAGGAUAUUGACAGGAAUAAAGACAAAAAAGAAAUAACCAUGAUCGUUAUUGGAAAUCGAACUAAAGCUGAGGAAGAAUCUCAUAGUUUGGAGAAUAUAGCAAGCAAAGCUGCAAAUUGGUGUACUAGAGAGAAACUGAAACAUUAUGAGGUAAAUGUUAUGGAUAGAGCAAGUUUGUUUGAAGCAUUCGUUAAUUUAUCGUCUAGGUUGAAUCCUCCUACAAAUAAGAGCACAUUCCCACAGUUAAGUAUGGGUAGAAAAAACAUAAAAGUUGAUGGACUUUAAUCACAUUUAUUUAUAAUCUUAAUCUACAAUUAAUCACAUUUGUUUAUAUCACUGA